CCAGGAGCUGCUUCCUUCUUCUCUCUCAUUGGCCUAGUCUAGCUGUCAUUCGACAGAGAGGCAGAGAAGUUGCUUUCUGAUUGGUGAAUGCCGUUUGGCGCCAACUAGGAUAGGGGGGCGGGCAGCGGCGGACCCUUGGAAGCAGCUAAUACCGCGAAAAGCCACUUGGGCUGCAGAGUAGGAAGGUGAAGGUCGGCAAGUUUCCCUCCGAUUCGGCACAGGAGCAAAAGAGUGAGAAACGUGGAGAGAGUGAGGGGGUCGCUUCGGGGGUCUCUCCCGCUCCCCUUCUGCACCAGCCACACUUGUUUAGAUUUAGUCUUCGGGUUCCUGCCGCCCGCCCACCUGGCCUCGCGGGGUGAGAGCCGCGCCCUGAGCUUGCGGCUGGAUCCCCGCCCGCGCCGCCUGCCCGCGGCCGCUGCGUCCCGGAACCGCGGGGUCGCGUUGAACUUUGAGCCACAGACGCGGAGGACGGAGCGGGAACCUGGGAGGCCGGCGCCGCCAUGGAGCUGGGCCCAGAGCCCCCGCACCGCCGCCGCCUGCUUUUCGCUGGCAGCCCCUCUCCUGUGUCGCCCGGGGCCGCCCGGCCGCUGUUGAGCGCGCCAGCGGCCGGGGGGCUGUCGCCUGUCACCACCCUGGCGGUCACCAUCGACAGGCUGCAGGCCCUGGGCAGUGAGUGUGAGCAGCCGCUGGAGGUGAAAAACAGCAGCAGUCUGCAGAGAAUGGGCUCCUCUGAAUCAACUGACUCAGGUUUCUGUCUGGACUCUCCUGGGCCCUUGGACAGUAAAGAAAACCUUGGGAAUCCCCUGAGGAGAAUACACUCCCUGCCUCAGAAGCUCCUGGGAUGCAGCCCAGCUCUGAAGAGAAGCCAUUCUGACUCGCUUGACCAUGACAUCUUUCAGCUCAUUGACCAGGACGAAAACAAGGAGAAUGAAGCCUUUGAGUUUAAGAAGCCAGUGAGACCCUUGGCCCGAGGCUGCCUGCACGCCCAUGGAUGUGAAGAGGGCAGAGAGUUCUUCACACAGAGGCAGAACUCUGCCCCGGCUCGGAUGCUUUCCUCAAAUGAAAGAGACAGCAGUGAGCCAGGAAGUUUGGUUCCUCUUUAUCUGCCCCAGUCACCCGUGACGGCCACUCUGUCUGAUGAGGAUGAUGGCUUCAUGGACCUUCUUGAUGGAGAGAAUCUGAAGAAUGAUGAGGAAACCCCAUCGUGCAUGGCCAGUCUCUGGACUGCUCCCCUGGUCACAAGAAGAGCCACGAAUCUUGGCACUCGAGGCCAGCACUGUGAUGCCUCCUCCCCAUGUAGCCCCAGCAUACGGCCUGUGCUGAAGAGACCAGAGCGGUGGCAGGAGGACUCGCCUCGGGGAAACAUGAAGCGGAGAAGGAGUGCAGCAGGGGCCAGCCCACAGGAGACCCCAGAGAUUCUGCGGCAUUCUUUAGCCCUGGUGCCCUCCCCCAAAGGAACCAUUGAGAACAUCCUGGACAGUGACCCCCGGGACCUCAUAGGUGACUUCUCCAAGGGUUAUCUCUUUCAUACAGUGGCAGGGAAGCAUCAGGACCUGAAGUACAUUUCUCCGGAGAUCAUGGCAUCUGUCCUGAAUGGCAAGUUCGCCAGCCUCAUCAAGGAGUUUGUCAUCAUCGACUGCCGAUACCCAUAUGAGUAUGAGGGAGGCCACAUCAAGGGUGCUGUGAACCUGCACAUGGAGGAGGAGGUGGAGGACUUCCUGCUGAAGAAGCCCAUCGUGCCCACUGACGGCCGGCGUGUCAUCGUCGUGUUCCACUGCGAGUUUUCUUCUGAGAGGGGCCCUCGUAUGUGCCGCUAUGUGAGGGAGCGAGAUCGACUAGGCAACGAGUACCCCAAGCUGCACUACCCCGAGCUGUACGUCCUCAAGGGUGGCUACAAGGAGUUCUUCCUCAAGUGCCAGGCAUACUGUGAGCCGCCCAGCUACCGGCCCAUGCACCACGAGGACUUCAAGGAGGACCUGAAGAAGUUCCGCACCAAGAGUCGCACCUGGGCAGGCGAGCGCAGCAAGCGGGAGAUGUACAGCCGGCUGAAGAAGCUCUGAGCCCCUUCGGUGGCCUGAUGUCCCUGUGCCACCGACACCCCAGCACGUGGCCUGGAAGAGACAGCCUGGCCCAUCUCAGACCCACUCUCCCGAGGGCCCAGGGCAUCUGACCGGCGGUGCCCCAGCCGUUCCCCCUGAGCCAUCUGCCAGGGCCUUGAAGGGCUGUGCCUGCCUGAGCAGCAGGAACCUGGCCCGGACCACUGCCUCCAGCUGACACCAAAGACACCUGAGGAGCAUGCAGGGGUUUAAUUUAUUCAACUUCAUCAAUUAUUUUAUUUUAUUUUAAUUUUUUAACUCCUGGGGACUUUUACUUUAUUGCUCGUUAAGUCACAGUACUGCCAUUCCGGGAAGGGGUUCGGUAUUAGGGGGGCCUCUGCUUUUCAUUAAAGAGGAAGGGUUAGUGUGGAGCCCUGUCGGGAGGCGCUGGCCUGGGGCACCAGGGCACAAGCUAAUGGCCAGGAUCUCCUGGACACUUGGCCUGGGCUGUGUCUGAGUAGUGACCCUCUGAGCAGACAAUGCCUCAGGUUUCAGGGCCCCAAGGGAAGGAGUGUCUUGUGUGGAUCGUGUUGGGUGGGUCCCCUGUGGGUAGGAUGGCUCUCCCAGACUGUGUCUCAAAGUGACACUUGGGUUUAUCAUGUUUCAAUUGGAGGGGGAGGGAUGGAUUGGCACCAGUUCCCCCUCGUCUAGCCCUGUGGAAGCGAGGUGUCCACUGCUGCCCGCCUCGACAGGUCCCCACAGCAUCGCACCCCAGCCUCCUAUCACUGUCCUGAAGUGGUGACACUGGAGGUGGUGGCAGCGGCGACGGGUUUCCUUCAGAUCUGGCUGUAAAAGAAUCUUGUUGAGAAAUAGGUGGGGGGUGGGAGGGAAAGGGCCUGUCCCUGUCCCCGCCAUAGCCUGGGGGGCUCUAGUCUCCCUGGCAGGGACUCCGUUGGUUGCACUCAGCCUCUCUUAGCUGUUGUGACCAACUGUCAGGCUCUGAAAAUAAAUGUGACCUUGAACCCA